AUGGCAGAGGAUUUCCAAGCUGGGGUUUGUGACGGCGGGGCUUGGUGGAGCUCACCUACAAGCUCGCUUGGGUUUUCUCCGUGUUCGACGGCCGUCAAUGACGCCAUAGGAAGCUUUGGAUGGCAAGGUGAUGACUUGGUCCAAGCCACGCAGAGGCCUCCUCAGCCGGACUCGGCCAGUGGCCGCGGCGGCUUGAUGGGUUCGGACAUACCGGUGGUCGGCGGUUGGCUCUCUUCAUCAUCAGCAGAAACAACAGAUUGGAGCCAGCCUCUUUUUGGCUGUGCCGAGAUCCAAAAGGUGUGGAGCUUAAAGAGUAGAGAAGAAUCAACCAUGAGUGAAUUCCCACAAACCAAUCUCUUACCCGCCAGCUUUCCUAUGGACUCUUCAGCUAAUUCAAGUUCGCUUCAGACAAUAUUUGAUACUGCAGAUUCUCCUUCACAGCAUAGUCUAUUUCAACACACAUCUUUGAACUAUCCAUCCAAGACAAAUAAUCUUGGCGAAUUUUUUCCUUCUCCAACAAAAUUCCCUCCCUUGCUUAGGCCUUCACUGCCAAACAGCAAUCCGGUCUGGAUUGCCUCCUCAUCUGCAGCUCUAAACGGCAUCCCCACAAACUUAUUUCCUCCAAGGCAAUUACAACUUCUCAAGUCAAAUUUUGAGAACAAAUCCAUUUGCUCCAGCCUCGUUUCAAAGCUUAACAAUGGAGUCCAAGACUUGGGUUCAGCUGGAAAAAGAAGCAGCUAUGGGGAACCUCAACCCAUGUUCAAAAGGCCGCGAAUUGAAACUCCUUCACCAUUGCCGACUUUUAAGGUCCGUAAGGAGAAGCUGGGGGACCGUGUGACUGCCCUCCAGCAGUUGGUUUCACCUUUUGGAAAGACUGACACUGCGUCAGUUCUUCAUGAAGCUAUAGAGUACAUCAAAUUCCUUCAUGAGCAAGUCAGUGUUUUAAGUACUCCUUACAUGAAAAAUGGAGCUCCCAUUCAACAUCAAGAGGUACUAAAUUAUAUUCAGUUUUUAUAA